CAUUUUAAAAUAGAUGUUACGUCAUCAUCGCGUACAUUUGGGAAAAACUCCCUAACGAGACCUAAGGUUGAUACGGUACUUCUAACAUGGCCGCACCCGUCAUUAAUUUCGUCUUUGUUUACCUUCUACAUUUCAUCGAAUUACGCAACAAGCAAGGGGAGCCAUGGAUUUGAUCGAAACACAGGACGAGUUUGAAAUUCAUUUUUCGCUUAUGAUCAGGGACCACAACCUUGAUGCUGUACGAAUAUGCGUCUACAAGUAUCGCUGUGGCUCAUUCCCAGAGACUGACAUCAACCAUUUCGUGUGCGAGGCCAUCCAGACUGGUCACGUGGAAACCGUCAAAAUUAUCAUAAUUGCCCCCGGUGUAGAUCUUAAUUACACUGACUCGACUGGAAAACGCAUGUUGCAUUACGCAUCCGAGAUUGGAGUCCCGGAUAUCGUGUCCUUGAUGAUCCGCUGUGGGACCGCUGUAAAUGCUUCGGACGCCCAAGGAUACUCUGCCCUACACCAUGCCUGCAAAUACGGCCAGACAGAGACUGUGAAGGUUUUAGUCAAAGAGGGUGCGCAGGUGAAUCGUGUACACUCGGUGUUGCAGGGAGAAUCGGCGCUGCACAUAGCUUGUGGUGGUGGUUUCUAUGACACCGUUGAAACUCUGAUAAGGUUUGGCGCACGGGUGGAUAUCAUAUCGGCUGAUGACAAGAGACAAACGCCGCUGCAUAAAGCCAUCAGCGGAAAAAAGUAUGAUGUGAUUCAACUCCUGUGCAAGAACGGUGCCGAUCUGUCUGUAACGGAUGCCAGAGGUCGAUCGCCGCUCCAUCUUGCAGCAGAGACGGGAGAUAUUGGCACGCUCUGUGCCAUUCUCCAGCACGGUCAUGUUGCUGCUCCAUCGGAUGCUGAGGGCCGAAAGCCGCUCCAUGUUGCUGUCAAGACCAACCAGCAACUGGUCAUUGAAGCGCUCAUCACUGCCACUCCCGCCGAUGUGAAUGCUCAGGACAGAUUAGGAUUGACGCCGCUUCACGUGGCCGUCCUGAACAGCCAGAGGUAUACUGUUGAGCUGCUCAUCAAUGCCAAUGCUGAUGUGGAUCUUCCGACAAUUUCAGGUGAAACAGCUCUCAUCAUUGCAGUCAGCUUCGGCCUGUUGGACAUCGUCGAGGUGUUACUUGCUGCUGGUAGUUGUCCUAACAUUCCAGACAAAAAUGGUGUUACUGCACUUCACAAGGCACAAGUAUUGAAAGCCCCAGUCCGUCUUCAGAUGAUAGAGACUUUGAUCAGGAAUGGGACGAAGAUGAACCAGACAGAUAUCAAUGGCUACACCCCCCUCGAUCGAUGCGUGUUUCAAUCUGUGAUAUCCAACUUUGACCGGGAAACACUAAAACUGAUGAUUGUAGCUGGUGCACACUUACAGCCGAGGUUUGCCGAGAGCCGUAAACAUCGUAACUCGCCGCUGUGUUGGUUGGUGUGGAGAGGCGACUUGGAAUCGGCACGUUUCUUGGUUUAUGCCGGCUGGGAUCUCCGUGGCGAGAACUGGUUGGAUCUGCCCGGAAAAUACCAGGAACAGAUCAAACUGUUGCAGUGGUUACAGAAGUCCGCACGGGAGCCACGGAGUCUCAUGCACCACUGUCGCCAGACUGUACGAGAGACAUUGCUGUCUGCGAGACACGAUGGAGAAAUUCUCUCUUCUAUAAAGGAGCUGCCUCUACCCGGAUUGUUGAAACUCUUCAUGGAGUUUGAGGGUGAGAAGGAACUCUUAGAAAAGUAAAACAACAUCUGUGCUACUGUUGCCGAUACAUGUGCUAGGUGAGGAGGGAUAAAGUGUCAGGAGGUCCACAUGUUGAAUUUUGUGGUCCUUGUGCUGCUGUAGGCCUACUGUACUCAAAUCAUCUUAUUUACAAGUGUAUUUAUGAGGUAUUAUUUGUUUCAUUGCUUUUUAAGACUAAAUAUUUUCUGUUUUAUAGGUUUUAGUUAGAGCAAGUACUUUAUUGUAAGUACUAUAAACUGUUAACAGUUGUGUUUCAACUAUGGUAUAAAAAUGUUGAUUUACUUGUUAUAAAAUUUCUGGCGUAAAAAUGGCAAUACGCGAAAGGACACAGUUGAGCAAACUUUGUACACAUGUUUUCCCAAGUGACCUCAUCUGACCUCAACUGAUAACUGAAGUUUGAUCUGAUCAAAUCAAAAAACUUUAUAUAGAUUACUGAAUAUUUUUGUGUUCAUAGCACUGUAUAAACCAAGCCCAGCCUUAUACAAGCUAUGCAAAAAAUCUAAUGAUUAGGGCAUAGAGGGAUGAAGUUUAUCAACUUCAUUAUCCUCACAAUAUCGUUCCCAUUUUGCCAGUGAAGACUUGUAUUGAGCCCUGGUAGAGUCUCUCCACGAAGUGAAGAUGACGCUAGCAACCUCCACCUGAGGUCCAUCUACCGAGAGGCCCUGCCUGAUAAGGCGCAGGCCAAUAGUGUCAUUUUUCCCCGAGGCGGAUGCAACUUCAGCCGCCCUCCGGGCAACCAAAAAAAGACAUUGCCCACGUGGUAAUAUCCUUGGGUUGUCGAAUUGUAGUUUGAGUAUUGUAGGGAACCAGGAUUGCACUGGCCAGUUGGGUACGAUUAGAAUCAUGGUGGCUUCUUCUGACAUUGCCUUCUGUAGCACGGUUGGAAUCAUGCACAUAAUCUCCUAAGUGACCUAUCUGAACUCAACUGAAACUGAAGUUCCAUCUGAUCCAAUUUAAAAACCUUAUAUAGAUUACUAAAUAUUUUGGAAACCUGUAGCUGUAGCGAAACGCUUUUAAGAAUGGGGAGUUUUGAACAGUCCAGUGAAAACCUAAGGCGGGAAUAAGCGUCCAUUGAUAAAUAUUAGCAGUUUUGAGUUCCCCAGAUAGUUGAUUAUGUGAGCUGGGCAUCUGGGUAACAUUGCAUAACGUUGCAUAACAUUACUGACACCAGUCAAUGAACUGCAUAAGAGGUAAUCACCAGUUUAGUUGAUUAGCUCACCUGUCAGGUGAGCCUAUACGAUACCGUGGCGUCCGUCGUUCGUCUUCGUCGUCAGAUAAGGUCACUGAAGUUCGAUCUGAUCCAAUCUGAAUGCCUUAUUUUGAUUACUGAAUUUUUUGCUUAAUGAUAUCAUUAUAUUGGUGCGACUCAUGACGAUAUAUCAUAACCAAUUCUUUUUGCUAGAAACUGAGCAUCAGAAAAUUUAUGCAAAAAUCAUUAAAAGAUAUUAUAUAAUUUCAGCUUUCACCUGUAGCUACAAUGGAGUAGUGGCACUGUCCCUUCCCCUCUAUUUGUUGCCUCAACGUCCAUUGGCUCAGCACUCCUCGCUCCUCUAGUUUUGAAGUUCCCUGUCAAUACCUCUCUCACUUAUGGCUCACCUCUAUUUGUUGCCUCAACGUCCAUUGGCUGAGCACUCCUCGCUUCUCUAGUUUUGAAGUUCCCUGUCAAUACCUCUCUCACUCAUGGCUCGCCAAUCUUAUGUCCACAGGUCACAUGUCUCGCCACAGACUAAAGCUCAUCCUGCCACUCAAGCAGUAAUUGUAUUUGCUGAAACUACAAUUCUGCGAGAACAUAAUGUCAGUAUGAGGCCCUCGAAUAGUUCCGCACUCCAAGCAAGU